AGGACAGGUACUUGCUGAAUAUAUAAAUUUGUCUGGAUUAAAUCGCUUAAAUCGCCCGAUUUCCUUGAUCUAUACACCUGAUCCUCUGCCUUAUUAAAUUGCUUAAAUUGUCUAAUUUCCUUUAUUUCUACACCUAGACUCCGUUCUGACAAACGGAUCGUUUGCUCUUCAUUGUUGUUGUCUCUUCUGCCAGUGGCUUAGCGUCGGUACGGAAGAACCUGGCUUUUGAGGUAGUGUCAGCAUCGCAGGUUUUCAGCCGCUGCGCUGGCAAAAUUUCGGGAGUAACCCGGCCCAAGACUUGAACCGGCAAUUGAAGCUAUCGUGGAUGAAUACUUCAGCGCUAUUUUUUCUAAGCAUGGGGACCCCAAUCUAUUACCCAUACAGGCCAUACUUAUCGACGACAGCGACUGAUCGUGUGCUUUCCUCGCCAGAGCUCCUUUGCCAAAUCUUCUCUUGGAUUAACAAAGAUGACACUUUUAGUUGUACGAUAGACAAUGAGGCGGAGGACGUUUUCUAUGAAAGCAUCGACUGGAGCAAGGUCGGUUCUCUUAGUGAGAUUGACUGGAGCAAUUGCCCAGAGGCUCAUUAUUACGGCAAGCGUGGCGUCUUGUUUCGAUGCAGUCUGGUCAAUUCACUUUGGUGGAGCGAGGCUAUCCGGUUUAUCUGGGAACGCCUAUCUGGUGGCCACUGGGACACCGAUCUCCCGGGCUGCUUUGCGGGAUUUCUUGAUCCUUAUCGCAAACAGUUUUACGCAAACUUGGUCAAGCAAGCUGACCUAGUCACGAUCGACGAAGACAAUGCAGACGCCCACGAUCGUCUAAUUCAAGGAGUUAUUUUUCCGAACCUCAAGCGGUUGUGCUUGUACUGCCCAGCAAAUGUUGAUUAUGUUCCACAGCUACAGUGUCCAUCCCUAAAUAUACUGGAGAUUGAUCCGUAUUUUGAUAGUGAAUUUGGUAGAAACCAAUAUGGACUGAGCCAAGAACAGUGGGAUAAAGUGUUAGAUCGGAUUUCUGCCCUUUUUCCAACCCUUCGAACCGUUAAUUUCUUGGAUUAUGCGCGCGUUUGGCCGGGAGCAUUAACGCGCUUUGAGAAAAGCCUACCGGCCUUGGAAGCCUUUGAUAAAAAAUUUGUAGUGGAAAGUACAAACACAGAGAUAUGGUGAUUGCAGAGAUUCGUCUCUUUCAGUGCAAUAUUUGUGUUGCAUAUUACAAUUAGCCACAUUCCCGACGCUAAAGAUCUGAAUACUGUCCGAGCUCCUUCCUUCGCGUCUCUUUUACAAUUAUUGGGAACCUCGCAACCAGAAUGCAGAGACAAUACCGGAUAGCCUGCUUCUGUGGUUGUCUUUAUACCCCAGAGAAACGGGGC